AUGGUUCUAGCAAUGGUCGUGAAUGAAGGGGAGUGUAUUUUGUAUUUCAAGUGAAAUAAAAGGGCGGCAAGAUGAACCGUGGUCGCGUGGAGGCGACGCCGCCGGAAUGCGCGGCCGCCGCGGAGAUGUUCGACCUGUUCUGCUCCGCCGGCACCAUGAAAACCAUCCUCGCCUGCCACCGCCAGAUCUGCCACACGCUCAACCUCAAGCCGAACCGGCUGCCCGACUUCUACCCUAAACUCAAGGCAAAGUUGGCGAGUUCGUGGAAGGCGCAGGCUUUAUUCAAGAAGUUCGAUGCUCGCGCGAAUCACAAGGUGUACGCGAAAGGAAGGGCCAGUACUGCCAGCAAGGUGCUGGUGAUUGGGGCCGGUCCGUGUGGCUUACGCGCGGCCAUAGAAUGCCAGCUCUUAGGUGCUAAAGUGGUUGUGAUAGAAAAACGAGACCGCAUGUCGCGCAACAACGUGCUCCACCUAUGGCCAUUCGUUAUUCAGGACUUGCGCGCGCUCGGCGCUAAGAAGUUCUUUGGCAAAUUUUGUGCAGGCUCCAUCGAUCAUAUCAGUAUCAGGCAGUUGCAGUGCAUCCUGAUGAAGGUAGCGUUAUUGUUGGGGGUAGAAUUUCACGAAGGAGUCAGUUUCGAAGAGCUGCUGGAACCUACCGUCACGGAAAACUCUGAAACGUUAGGUUGGCGAGCGCGAGUAACCCCCACCUCACAUCCCGUCGCUCAGUACGAAUUUGACGUUCUAAUGGGCGCGGACGGCAAGCGGAACACACUGCAAGGGUUCAAACGGAAGGAGUUUAGGGGCAAAUUAGCUAUGGCCAUCACCGCCAACUUCAUCAAUCGACACUCCGAACAGGAGGCGUCGGUCCCGGAAAUCAGCGGCGUGGCGUUCAUAUUCAACCAGAAGUUCUUCAAAGAGUUGUACGAGGCGACCGGCAUCGACCUCGAGAAUAUUGUGUAUUACAAAGACGACACUCACUAUUUCGUCAUGACGGCUAAGAAACACAGCCUUUUAGAUAAGGGGGUGCUGCUAAAUGAUUUCGCCGAAGUGUCCCGGUUGCUUCACGUGGAAAACGUAGAUCGUUGCGCAUUAAUGCGAUACGCUCAAGAAGCGGCGCGAUUCUCUACUGGUGGCCGUUUGCCAUUACGAGACUUUGCACUGAACCACUACGGCGAACCGGACGUAGCGCUAUUCGAUUUCACAUCUAUGUACGCAGCGGAAAACGCCAGUUUGGUACGAGAGCGUUUCGGUCGCCGCCUCCUAUGCCAGUUGGUGGGCGACAGUCUACUGGAGCCGUUUUGGCCGACGGGCUCGGGAUGCGCUCGGGGCUUCCUCUCCGCGUUGGAUGCGGCGUGGGCGGUCAGAGCGUGGGGACACACCCCUCCCCCUCACCCCUUGCAUGUGGUGGCGGAACGGGAGUCUGUCUACAGGCUGCUGGCUCAAACGACCCCCGAGAAUCUGCACCGUGACUUCGGCGCCUACACACUGGACCCGGGUACGCGGUACCCGAACCUGAACCGAACGGCGGUUGCGCCUCACCGCGUCACUUCGUUCUAUGAUUCGGACGAACCGCUACCACUGGACGCCACGCCUGCCGCCAAGAAACGACGACGAGAGCCUGAGAUCUCGGAAGAGGCUCUAGUCGCGUGGGUGGGGUGGGGGGAAGGCGGGCUACGUGCCGCCACCGGUCCGGCGGCGUUGACGGCACUCGUCCGGCGGUACAGGCCGGACCUGCUGCCGGCCGGCGGGACGACGCGGUCCGUCUACAGUGUGCUACACCACGAGUUCGGCAUCUCUCCGUUCGGCUCGGGCACAGGCGGGCGUGAGGUGCCUGAAGCGAGACUGAGGGCUUACCUCGCGCGCGUCUAUCUCGCCUUCAAAGGGGAGGUGCCUCACGUACAACACCAAACCGAAGUCUUCGAUCAGAUCAAACAAAGUCUACAGAAAGAGAAGCAUGUACGGAACACCAACGACCAUUCGAUAUCUGCGUAUUCAAAUGCAGCAGAAGCCGAAAAGUCCCAUUCGAGCAACAGGAAGAAGAGACGCUCAGUUCGGACACCCCAUGAAGAGGGCCGUAUCGUCGGUGGUGGCGGGAGGAUAGCAGGCGGAGGGGCGCGAGUAGCCAGACUGGCCGCAGAACUUUCUGGAACCACAACAACUACUACCCCGAGCAACCCCAGGACUCAAGCGCAGAAGCCCAAGGACCUGAUGCGCUCCGUCGGCAAGAUAGAACGCGACGACUGGAACGUGAAAGAGAUCGAGCGCAAGAUCAUGGAAAACAGACUGGGGCGGCCCGAACCCAAAACAGCGGAGAAAGUACCCAAGUGGGAUAGGGAACAGUUCUUAGGACGUCAGAGGCGGUUGAAAGAAGGCGACGCCAACGAAGAGAAAUGGAUGGAGAUAGACGAGACACUGAGCAAGUUGGAUCAGAAGCUGCGGGAUUCCGGCCGGCCGGACCACGGCACUAAGAAGGUAGCCAAUUUAGCGACGAAAUUUGUUAAAAAAGACGACAACGAACCUGUUCCAAAACAACGACAGCCGAAGGAGGAGUUGAAAAAGAGUUGGCGCGGCCCGUUGGCGGCGGGCGUUCAGUGCGCGGCGUGCGGCACGCGUGUUUUUGCCGCUGAGGGCGUCGCAGCCGACGGUCUGCAGUUGCAUCGUGCCUGCUUUCGCUGUGCUGUCUGCAAGUGCGUGCUGCGACCUGGAAAUUACACAAUGGAGCGUUAUGGCAGCCGUUUAGUCUGCUUACGUCACUCUGGCGUGAGCGUUCCGGAUGCAGUAGCGGCCUUAGGGCGGGGACAAGCGGCCACGCCCACGCCAGAACGAAUCAGCCUCGAACUGUCGGACGGAGGCGCGCGAGAGAUCGACGAGGACGAAUGGACGGACCGCAACUUUCUUGCUUCAGAAACGUCAGCCGCCGGCGGCCUUAGUAGCGACGAGGAGGCGUCCAGCUCUGACGAGUACACGGACGCAGCAGAGAGUGGAGGAGAGGAGCCGCUCUCCCCUCCCCUCGCGGCGGCGGCCCCGCCCAGCUCGCACCACCUGUAUUUCUCCGACGACUCGUUCGGCUACGACGAUUACUCCGAUGAUGGCGCAGAGUCGUCCGGCAACGAGUCUUGCUCCCGCAUGCGGGAGGCGCGCGAGGCCCGUCGCCGCGAAGUGCCGGCCGACGCGCGCCCUCCCACCGACAGCAGCGAGGUGGAGUCUGAGGAGGAGAGCGAGUCGUCAUCAGAAGUAUCUUCGGCCACCGAAGUGUCUACGGAUAGCGAGUUCGCUCGCGACGAACCCCACCCUUUACCCCCCGCCCCGCCUCCCGCGAUAUUAGUCACAGAACCGCCCCCUCCCCCGCCCCCUCAACUCCCAAACCCACUAAGCAGAACUCGCUCAGCCGGGGGCAUCGCCACCAAACGUGCCCUCGAACUCAAACGCAAAUACCUCCUCGGCGAACCGUCCCCUCCUGCCGUGAGAAAAUCCGACUCCACCUCCCAAAUAGAUACCAAAUUAGAAGCCUUCCGAUCCACCAUUACAGAGUUCCAGAAGAUGCUCCACCCUGCCCCCACACCCUCUCCUCAACCUCAAAAAUCAAUACUCACGUUCAACUUCGCCACCGACGAAAAAUCGAAGCCGAUGCCGGAUAUAAUACAGAACUUGUGCACGGACGCGCCUGUCGAUUUACUUACUAAAGUUGACUCCCUACUCUGCAAGAAAGAUUGGCGGGAAGAUCCUAUAAGUGAAGAGAAGAAAGACUUGGUACCUGAAGUAGAGCCAGAAUUGGAUUCGGAUUCGCUAUCUGAUGAUGAUUCGUCGCACACUGAAACCGCGCCUAAUCAACGGGUGCCAAGAGUGGAAGUUCACGACGAAGGAGGGGAGUUGAUACAGCUCGACAGUCUUAUGCUUAUAGACAGCAGUACAGAGAAUAACGACGAGAAAGCGUCAGCCGCUACGAUCACCGGCCCAACUGUUGUAGCCGCCGCGGAAUCUGAAUCUUCAGAGUCUUGCCGAGAUGCUACCACGCUGGCUCUUACCGAAACAGAGCUCUCUGAUUGGGCGGCAGAGAGCGCGGUCCUAGACGAUUGCGGGUUUGACGACAGAGACGAAAGGAAGAGGAGUAAGAACCCGCGGACGUUAAGUGGACCAAAGUUAAUACACGACGCCAAGAACAUAUCCGCAAUCGCGUCACACGUAUGUGGACGGACGAGUCCACCACCCGUCGUUUAUUCGAACGCGUUCGAGAACUUUGAGUUUGCCGAUGAAGGCGAGCAAGACCCUUCGAUAGAGGAACCACCGACGCCACGAAACGAGGGCUAUAUGGAACUGGUAGAUGACGAUAAUGACCAAUAUUCCCCAUCUAACGAUCGAUCCAUCAACUUUAUUGAGAGGAGCCUCUCCGAAACCGUGUUCAAACCCGCUAGCCUCGAAGCUAGCGGACCUCGAGAUACCCUCGACAUACCAAUAGAUACAAUAACCUACGACAGUAGAAUAGACGAAACCAAGACAGACGAACUGAAAUCGCCGCAGCUCUUAAAAUCUAUAGAGUUGGAAUCGAGCGAAAAGUCCAGCGGUGAUAGUCCCACGAAGAGCGAAUCUCCCACAAAAGAGGACACUGGAACAGCGACGCAAGUUGAAGCGACUACCAAAUUCGUUAUCAAGUCGCUCAGCUUAUCGGAAUCGUCUCCUCCACUCGACAUCACCGAGCUACGACGUGAAGCAACGCCCCAGGAGGAGUACCGAAGGCCUAGCGAACCCUCCACCGACGAGAUGACGCCGCCCCUUGUACCUGAAACCCCGAAAACUAUCACUAGACCGUACACCACUUCAAACACUCCCAUUUUUCCCAAUUCAGCGACUAUUAGGCUGUAUUCGCCAGCAAUAUGUAGAUCGGCAAGCGAAACUUUUAAUCGCUCUAAUUCUAGAAGCACCGACUCGCCGUGUCGGAGUAUAGAGUUGUCCAUGUCGCUGAACCUGAGCUCUGGCUCGAUAUCGCCCGUGAGUCCGACGCCGAUGCGCGACACUACGAACAAGGUACAAGAGUUAAAACGAGAGAGGGAGGAACAGACGGAAGUGGUUAGGCGGCUGGUGCUGGAAAGACUGGGUAGCGGGCCUCGUGUAAGCAGAAAGUCUGCAAGACGGACUCGCGCCUCACCUAUAUCGAAUAUUCCUCCCCCGGUGCCCCCACCUCCUUCACUCCCGUCUCCCCCGCCUCCCCCACCUCCGCCUCGCCCCGCGCCCCCUGGCUUAUCUCUACCCGUGACGCCAUCCUUUUCGGACCCAGAGCUAACGAGAGAGAGGCGAAGCAAAAGUAUCAUGAAGAGCAUAUCCAAUUACCUAAAUAGGCGGCUCGGACCUCGACAAAAGUGGGCGUCGGAGCCGUCGGUCUCGAGUCACGAGAGUCCGCAGCGACCUGUUGCCGCGCAUAAAUCCACUGGAGCGUUACAGCACGUGACGGAGGCGCCGCCAGUACCGCCGCCGCCCGCUGGUUAUUGCCCACCGGUUGAUAGGCGGCACCAGCACAGACUGCCAGGCGGGAGUGGCGCGGAUGCGGAGGAACGGGACGCGAUGCAGUUGUGGUUCGAGGCGAGGUGGGCGCGUCUGGUGGCGCAGCGGAGGGACCGCGAUCGAGACCGGGAGCGAGAACAACGGGAACGGGAGAGAGACAGGGAUUGCGACCGGGACGGGCCGAGUGCGCGACGACUUGCUCGCCUCGAGCGACGCCUAACACGCCCUCUAUCAGCGGAGCAGCAAGCAGCGACGGUGGCGGAGUUAGUGCAAGUGUCAGCUCAAAGGGACGCGCACCAAGCACUUAUGGCUGCUGAUAGAAGACGCAGUGCUGCCGGAAUCGGCGCAGGCGAUUAGACGCAAAAAGCGCGACGGAACGCUGUCUGCUCGCGCGCACAACACGGCGACCAAUAGGCGUCCACCACAUUAAAGGCGAGGCGCGGAUACCAUUACUCAUUAAACUAGCCCAAACACUUACAUUUGGAGACAACAAAGCUUUAUAGCGGAAUUUAUGUUUACAUUUAAGUAGCGGAAUUCAAUUAGUCAGUCUUUUCUAGACCCUCAUUGUGUGAGAGUUUCUUCUAAGAUGCUUUUGUAUUGAUCUUGAAUGACUUUUUUUUCUUUUGCGGAAUAUUUGUGUUAUAUUCUGGAUGAGUGGAGUAGAGUGUGCUUGCUAUAUUAUCUAUCAUAUAUGUAAUGCGUAUUUAUCGUUGAUAAUAUGAUAUUUUUCACAGUCGAGAUUAUUAUGGAUAAUUACAAUACACGUUCCAACUAACGGAAAAAUAACCCCUAUUUUUAUAGAUCGAUACGUAAAUAUAUUGUUCAUGCUAUAUAUGUUUGAAUUGGGUUGUCGUUUGUUUGAUAGGUAAAAUUUUAUUUGUCUUUUUAUGUGUAUAUUGUAUUAUUAAAGUGUCAAUGAUGCAUCCUAUUCGUUAGUUGGAUCGAGUAAUUUGUAUUUCAAAUAUGCGCUACACUUUGUUCAAAUUAGUUUAUAAUUAUUUACGAUACCUAUUAAGUUUUAUUGUUUUAAUCAUAGAGUUUAAGUAAUAUUUUUACACAUAAAAUUAUUUUCAUUCGUUUUUUCCCUACGACACUUAUACAUAUAUUUUUUAACAAAACACAGUACUUUUAGUGAUUAGUGCUUGAUCUCCAAUAGAUUUCCUACUAGAGAGGACAGUCAAUUAAAACAUACGACUAUUUUAUGUAUAUUUAUCAUAAUGACCGACAUAGUUAUAUUCAGAAGACACUAUAGAAUCAAGUGUAUAUAUAUAUAUAUAUAUGCUGUAAUUGCUAUUGGUAUUGUUUUAAAUCAUGCCUUUGAGAAUCAUGCCAUGAAGCAGUUGUUUCUUUCUAUUUAUCUUAGAAUAUGCUAUAAAUAUUAUUGUUAAUACAAAAAUUAUAAUUAUUAUGGUUUUUAAAGAGAAACUAUCAAAAAAUCUUUACUAAAUUAGGUUCAUCGUAAGAUACUCAUAUACUUUAUAGUGUAAAUAUAAUCUUUAUUUUAACCAUUAGUUUCAUAUGCCGUUUGAAAAUCACCAAGAUGCAACAUUAGUGUAAAGUUUUAUUUUAAUAAAAGUAAAUCAACUUGAAACACGUCUGAAAGGUUUCGUGUGGGUAUGUAAAUGUUUACAUCAUUUUCAUUUCAUAGGGAAUGAUUGUUUUGUGAAACGAGGGGGACCACACUUCGGUACGUAUAUUCAGGGAAUAUUUUCCAAACCCUUUAUUUAUACCAAAAUGACAUUGAAGAACGGGGAUUUUGGACAAAGGCUGUUGUGAAUAGUUUGGUUUUGCGUACCUACUUUAAUAUUAUUCUACUAUAAAAAAUCUAAUAGGUGUAUUUAUCAUUUAUGUCCAUUUUCGUAUUCAAGUAUCGAAUGGUUUUUCUAUAGAUUAUUGAAAAAUGUUUUUCGUGUUUGGUUCAAAUUUAAAUAUUUUUAAUAAACACCGCUUCGAGCGGAGUAAACUCUUCACACCUGCCAUGUAAAUUGAAAACAAACUCUAUUGCCCUUAAAUAAAGUUUGAUUUCCAUUGAUAAACGUUAGGUGGAGAUGUAUAUUAUAAAAUUGUACAUAUGUUGAUAUUUGUAAAUUUGGCAAAGUUGGCGGUCGAAAGAGCUUAGUCACGUGUUUUAGUAGGUAAAGUUAGUUGAACUCAGAACUACUUUAUAAUUACAUAUGUCUACGACGUUUUAAAGAUGAUUGCAUUCCGGAGUAGGAAGCAACAAAACAAUAAAAAUCUUUUUAAUAUUGAACUAUUAAAUAAGGGAUCUGGUUAAAAUUAUAUGUUUUGUCUCUGUCUGUGUUCGAAUAAACGAAAAUGGCAAAACAUGCACGAUUUAUUAAAUAAAAAGAACUUUAAUCCGAAUAAAACUACCUAUAAUGAUGAUGGCACACGUCUGAUUGCGUUUUUAAAGGAGUACGUAGAGUCAGUUAAUUUGAUGUUUAUAUUAUUUAUAUACCAGUAUUGGCUUUUGAAGCUAAAAUUGUGCAGAACACAUUAAAAACAACAACAAAACACAUUAAAUUGACAGAGAUUUAUGAUAAUUUAAUUGGCUCGUGCGACCGUAGUGGCGUAGAACACCUCAUAGUAAAGUCCAUUGGAUAUGCUGCUUUUGAUGACCUAACACCGUUUCGAAACUAUAAUAAAUACCCUAAUAACUGCUUUUAAUGGACUAAUAUCGUUUUAACUCGUCAUUUUUUUUGCCAUAGUAAAUAAGCUCAUUUUUGAGUGAAUUCUUGCACCUACAGAUUAGCAUACCAGCAGCACCUACAGAUGUCUAUAAAAUAUAUUGCAGUUUUGUAUGGCAAACCAAGUAAAGUAAAUACUGACUGUCAUCAUGAUGCUUGAUGAUGAUGAUGCUAAAACUUUCCAUAAAUUUGAUCCAUUACACGACAUCUGAUAGUAUAUAUUAUUUACAGCGCUCUUUAUUUUGACUCUCCUACAACUAUACGUUUUAGUGUAAUAAAACAUUAUUGAUAUGGAGUAUCAGUAAUAGGGUGCAUUCGUGAUAGUAACCUUAGCGAGUUAGAAACAAAAAUCACCAUCGGUAUGGGGUACUACUAUGCUUUUGCCACCAUUAUAGGUAAUCAAAUAUAUUUUGAAACCCUGAUGACUGUGAUAAAAUGCAGUUUUGAAUUACGCAGACCAAUAAAUUUGGUAACCCAACAGGCAAAAGAAAAGCUAUCCUACAAUUAGUUCUCCAAGCACAAUAAAUGUAUAUUUUUGCAAGCUUUAUCGACAACCAACUUCGCUGACUAUAUACUAUUUAAUCAUAACGACCCCUUAUAUUAACAAGCGCAUUAUAAUGUGUAGGCUAACUUAUGCUUAAGCCCCUAUUUUUAGAGUGUUAUAUAUAUAUGGAACAACUAUAUUUAACAGUCUUUAUUCUUAUUUGAGUAAAAAUUUAUAUCACAAUAUUCACCUACUAUGGAUUUUUGCACUUUUAUCGACGCCGAUGUGACGAUAACAUGUGAAAUCAAUGGCAUGGAGAUUGUAUUUCAAGUCACGAACAAAUUAUUAUAAUGUUACAAGUCUAAUUUUAAUUUAAUUUUGCUAAUAGUCAAGUCUCAUCCACGGGACUUUAUUUGACAGUCGAAUUCGUCUUCAUACUUUGUAUAAGUAAAAAACUUAAGCUUUACGCACUCUGUACUAGAGAUCGCAUGAACGUGACGAUGAAAUUAAUGUCAUUUUGCCUAUCGAAGCUUCCUAAUUAGUUUAUUCUUUUAAAAUUAUGUAAUGCGUAGCUGUAUACAGAAUAACAAUUGAACUGAACCUUACUACAACCAAUUAAGAUUUAAUACUGAACGACAACGCCACGGGACGACGUCUACUAGAGAGCAUCUUUGGUUUUAGUAACCUUCUAUCGAUUGUUAGCACAUAACCAAAUCUACAUGAUAAAGAUAAAGAAGUUCCCUACACGGGCGAUUGUCUAAGAAAUUACAAUGUCACAAAAAUACGCGGACCCCAUAUAGAGGGCUAAACGGUGUGCUAGAUAUGCCAAAAGAGUUUUACAUUAAAUAUUUAUAUUUGUAUUAUAUAUGUGCUGUAAGUGUAUAGUGUAAGUUAAUCCACUCGCUCUUCGGAAAACGGUGUGUCCGCUCAGUGGACUACUAAGAAGGUUAACAAUUUAGUUAAGAAAUCCUUCAAUUUGUACAGUUUGUUUCCGAGAUUCAUUCAAUCUAUUUUAGGCUAUCUGACAAACACAUAUACAAAAAAAAAUGAUUGGAGGUAUUUGUUAUAAUUGUGUAAACUGAUGCCCUUUUUGCUGAUGUAAUGUAAACUGAUGCCUGCGCAGAAGAGGGACUUGACCGAGGUAUUUUAUGUCCGCCAAAAUAGAUCGAUUACAAUAGGCUAGUUGACUCAUGUCGAAUUGUAUUAAAUAAAUGUUUAUUUCUUAAAGUAUUUGGUCUAAGGAACCUAAAUAUAUCGAUUUCACUUCAUAAAAGCAGAAGAUUGCUGUAGAAAUUUAAUUUAAAAAAAUAAUUUUUAGUCUAUACUUUUUAAACACUAAAAACGCUGUUCGCCACAUCCGCCAUUAUUGUGACGUCUCUUUUAACAACUAAAUGUCAUUCAUACAUAACUUUAAAACUUGUAUUAUUAAAACUGAUAAUAAAUGAAGAGACUUAAAAUAUUAUUCAAUGAGUACUUACAUCAAAGUAAUCUUCACAAAAAUAAAUUUUACUAUGAGUCGAUAAAGUUGCAGGAUUACUUUUAGCAAGUUCUAACCAGGUAUUGCGUAGGUUAAUUUCUUUCGGCACUUUAAUCCACAACCUUCCUGGAGUCUUCAAGGAUGUGUUUUUACAUUCUCGUACAAUACAAUAAUGAUAAUUACUAUAUUUUUUCUUUUUAUUAUAAACUCAGAUAGGUUAUUUUCUACGUGCUUACGAGUUUUUGUUUACUACCGUCAACGUCAUAGCAUAGAUAAUGUAUAGACUAAAAUGGCCGACAGCGUUUUUGUAUGUCCAUGAAAAGUCUAUUUUAAAAUUAAAGAUUUGUAGCUUUCUAGGUCUCAAAAAAAUACAAUACAAUUUUUUUCGGUCUAAUAGAACAUUUAUGAACCAUUUAAAACUUUUUUCCAAAAAGGGUCAACUAGCCUAUUGCAUCUAGAUACGUACACGACGAAUUAAAAGUACCGCUUAGAAAAUUCCUCCGAAUAUUCGUGGACACCCGAGAGACUGGAUAAGACAAAAGUGCGCAGGAGUCCCCGAAACAAAUUUAACUCAUGUGAGAAGGCGCAGCAAUACCCGCAGCUAACUUUUAGUCUGCGUUGCAUGCACAAUCCGAUUUAAUGAAAUAGACCCAGUAUACACUUUAAAAACGUCUUCUCUUUUUCUUAAACUUCAUAUUAAUUACAACACAACGUAAUCUGAGAAUAUUUCCUACCAUAGCGUGCGCUUUUCAAUAUUUUCGGGGGAUAAAUGUACGCACAUCGCGUUCGAUGAGUCCGUGAUGUGUCCUCGGCGGUCAUUUUCUUCACUGGGACUUUUGUGCGCGGAUAAAAGUCCUUCGUCUGGGCAGACUGUGUGUUAAGCUAAGCUCAUUAUGGAAAUCACAUCUCCUAUCUUUAAAUAACAUACUGUAUUGAUAUCGAUAUCAAAAGCUUUGUAAUUUGGUAUUACGAUAUCUUAUUGAAUCUACCUUAAACUUUCUUAAAGUUUUUGAUCCUGUCGACACACACAGUUUUAUGGAAUGUAUGCAUUUUCAAGACAUCAUUAUGAUCUGUCCCGAUUCUAAAAAUCUUUGAUCUGCGUGAUUGUGCAUCUUCAGAUAUCAGUACUUAAAUGGUAACAUUUUCAAUGUACGCAUUAGGCGUACGCUGCUCCUUAGGCCUCAAGUUGUGCUAACUGACCCUAAGCCAUGUUCGUUGUUGUUGUUUAGUUUUUGAAGUUCCGCUCUCACUAGUUUAGGUUUGGAGAAAGAUGGAACAUAAAAAUCUAAGGUUCGGCUUCACCAAAUCAGAAAUCGAUAAUUUUCGACUGUAAAUUCCAACAAUAUUUACUUAAUUAUUGUUAUCUAACUGUAUAAUGUGUUGAUAUUAAGUUUUGUACAAUUACGCAGUCAAUUACUAGUGUAAAAAGAUACCCCUGAAAACUAAAAAGUUUUGGUUACAGUAAGUAAUGUAAAAUUAAUAAUUAUAUUAAUCGUAAUAGCAAUGUAUACUUACUGUCGCACGCUUACAAAGCCUUCCCGAAAGCAAUAUACUAUACAAUGCGUUAAGAUUUAGAAAGUAUGUGAAUAAGUGGGAAGUGUAUAUUUUCAUAAUAUUUUUAUAUGCAAAAGAGGAUUGGUACUGUUUUACUUAGGUUAAUUGACCUAGUGGGGUAUGUUGAUAAGUAAAGGAGUUUAUAGUGUGGUAGUAGUAAGCGUUUGGUUACCGUAGCAAUGUUAACGAAACGCCGAUUAACCGAUGUGUGAUCAAAUAUGGCGAGUUUCUCCUUGAUUUCUAUUAAUGAUAGUACUCGAGACGCCAAUGCACUUUUAAGCUUCAUUCAAGUUAUAGCUGUAACUUUAUUUCUCUAUAUCAAUAGAGUUAGACAACGCAUGAUUUUAAAUGACAUUACAUUUAUUGGGCGUCUCUGUUUAUGGCCGAUAGGACAACUGCACCGAGCCCGCUUAUUUCCUUCAAAGCCUGUUUUAAGGACGUGGAAAUUAAACAGGAUGACUUUUGCUUUAAAACUAAUUUCCUCUUAUUUUCCAUUAUAAUUUACCACAACUGCUAUUUUCGUAUCUGAGUUAUAAUCACAUUUGACAUCUCAUAUGCUCAUUUGCUGUGUUUUCUUGGAGAGCUCAUAUCACUCUUUUGAAUUUAAUUGCAGCGUAUCCUUAGCAGCUUUCUACCCAGUAUAUUAUUUACCUACGAUCACGCCCAUAUUAUAAAUACCACAUGAUCUAAGUAAUAACGCGACUUCUCAUUUGAACGCGUUAAUUGACGCAACGCCCUCAACUAAUAUGAGAUUAUAUAUUGUAUGAGCCGUAUUGUAUAUCAUGUCUUACAAAUCGCGGACUCGCAAUCGAUUUAGAAUUUUAUAGUAGACUACUAACGUUAGCAAUAACCUACCCGCAGUAAAAGAUAAACUGAAUAUAAUUCAUGUUCCACUCAAAAACGUCAACUAAUGUUUAAGUUUGAUUAAGAUUGAUGGUGUUACUUUGUGAAAGCAAUAGAAUAAGCCAAGCUAAUAUUGCGAGUUAAAUGUGAUCAUUUAAUUGGUAUAUCUGAAUGCGAUCUUAAGUUGUGUACAUUUGUCGAUGAGAAACAGCAUAAAAAUGCUUCUAGUGCAAGAAAACAACUUUUCGAUCGGUAAGAAAACUAAAGCGAAGCUGUUCGUCCAAUUUUAUAAAUAUGAAGUUUUUUUUUUAAAUAGAAGUAAUAAGCAUUCGACCCAGUUAUCAUAAAGGUUAAAAUUUGGUAUCACUUACUGCAGAUAGUUUAUUGGACCUGUCAUGAAAAAACAACGAGAUAUGGAACUCAGAUUUGUUAAAAAAGUAGAGGUAAAUGUUCUGAAAGAACUCUUAUUUAUUUCCACAUAACUUACAUAAAAUACAGGAUAAUACAGAAAUUUAAGGGUCAUACAUCAACAUUCUUAUAUCAAAUUGAAGCUUUCUUAGUCGUUUUUAAAACAUUUUUUUUUUUCAAGUCAAAUAGAUGUAAACUGAUAUGAUUUUGUUUAAAUUCCAUUAAAGAAGUUUGGUGCCAGUGGGCCUCGUAGUAUUGUUAAUGUAAAUCCAAAAUGAAAGCAUUUUUGAGUAAUUUUUACACAUAUGACCUACCUACAAUAAGCAUAAUAAAAUUGUUAUGCAUGUUAAAGUUUUUAUACCGUAUCCGUUGAAUUUUUAUCAUGUUUAAUUUAAAGAUUAGUUAAUAAACUGUAUACUGUAUAAUAAACUGUGAGCAUCAAGUUGCCACAGACUGUCAUUUGACAAUUUUUUUUCUCAAACGAUUGUGUAUCUAAUUCAAGUAAUUUAAAGUUGAAACUCAGUUGGAGAAAUUUGACAGGUUUGGGGUAACUUGAUCUGUAGCUAUUUAUGCACAUUAGUUUUAAAUAAUAUUAAUUUUAAUCUAAAAGAUUUUUUUCUUCUGACGCUAUCUUAAGUAUUAAAAUGAAAUUUUCUUUUGAUGAGAUUUUGAAAUACGUUUGUGUGUAAGAAUGAUUCUAAAGCAUUUUUUGACCUGGCAUUUUUAUAUUGUGUUUGUUUACUAUAAUUUCUUUGUAAUACUACUGAUGUGAAUUUGUUUAUGUUGGUUGUUCAGCCAAGGAACUUUUAUUAUUUAUACGAAACCUUUUUUUAAGUUAUAGUUGGUAAUUGUUUUAUCACUUGUCUUAUCAUCGUUAUUAGCAUGAGACAUAAUAUUUGGUUUAGCAAUUAUUAUUGCAUCGUAUUUUAUACAAAAUGUUUUGAAUUAUCCGGACCACUGAUGUUUUUGGUUGUCUGUACUUGAAAAUAGCUUCGCCAUUAGUGCGUGAUAUUAUAUAUACACCUACUCAAAGAAUUUGCAUUUUCAAUUAUUUUUUUUUACAAUUCUGAAGACUCUGUAAUAUAUAUCAUAUGCCUUGAAUAGUAUUCAUUUCAUGGAAUUUUACACUUCGCUAAUGAAUCACCGACAAGAGCUGUACAUUUUAACAAUAUUGUAAAAAAGUACAUAACUCUAGAUGUUUGGAGAGUAAGUUUACAAUAAUGAAUGAUAAAGUAGCUACCUAAUCAAAAGGUAAGUUUCUGAUGUAGACUAUGAGACGAACUUCUUAGCAAUCCAUGGAUUCACCGUGCGGGUGCCGGGUCCAUCGUGUUGGAGAGAGAGAAACUCUGAGCAGUUCCCGGGACUUGCGACCCAGGUGUAGGUUUAAGGAGGUCCACUUUAAGACGCUCAAGUUGCCCGCCCUUCCUAGCCAAAUUUGAUAGGAGUUUGUUAGUGCAGCCUUAGUUACUCGUUGAACUCAAAAUUGAACUUACUGUAGUUCCCAACAGGUUUAGGUCUUUUAGAAGGUUAUAGAGAGAUUUUGCUGGUAUACUUCUCGCUCCUACUUCUACCGCAUAUAAAUUAACUAGAUAGCCAUUUUUAGUUACUUCAUUGGUUAGAUCGUAAUAUUUAUUCAAUUUUAUUGGUGGUGGAAUGUUACUUUUCCACGGUACAGUAAGCUCUUAUGUGUCUAGAAAAGAGUCCGGCAUGGAUGACGAAACACCAAUAUCCUCUGGUAUUUUUAAUUCUUUUCAUACGUACGAAAAGCAAGCCCUUCUCAAUCCUAAGUACUGACUUAGGAUUUAGAAAGGCUUGCUUUUCGAAUUAACAGUUGAGCCUUCUUUUAAGUGAGUGAGAGUUCGGGAUCGUAAGAGGUAUAUUUGGUGUCUUGUCUACCCAGACAUAGACAGCAGCACUUUCUUGCUUUUGUCCUCAGUCCGUCAGUCCAUGCACAGUACUUAUCCACUUUAAUUAAUAAUUUCUGACAUUGUUUAGGAUAACGCCGUCAGUAUUGCGAGGUCGUAUGCAAAAGCUAAGAUUGACUCUGUGUAUUUAUUGUUUAAUUUAAACCUAUAGCCCGACUUUUCUCAUGAGUUAUCAGCUUGUCUAUAACAAUAUUUAUAAUUAUGUCAAAUUCUAAUGGUUACAGGCAGCAGCCCUGAAACAGCCCUACACUAUAAUGCAAUGGUUUUGUGUGUUCCUUGUUUGCUGCUACGACAAAUUGUAAUUGUGAGUAAUAUUAUGUGAUUAUGUCGAUGACUACAGAAGGAAAGUUAUUCCACUUCAAAGCGAGUUACUUCAUUAGUUUAUACUGUACCGAACCAAAUGCGUUUUCUAGGUCUAUCCAGCAGACUGACGGUCUCUCAUGUAUUCUGGCAUCUUUUAAACUUUCCGCUACUAAUGUGUUGUGUUCCAGACAGCCAGAAAUGUCGGGCAAGAACCCUUUUUGAUGGUUGGACCUGAAAUACCUAUUGGUGAUCAUAUUAUCAUUUAUAUUCUAUUAUUGAAUUUAGAUGUCAUUAUUAUUGUAACUGGUCGAGAUUAAACCCAAUUUAAGGUUCUAUACAAAGCAAUAUACCACCUUUUGUACGCGUAAUUUGAAAAACUAAUAAAAACAAUAAUAUAUUAAUUUGAGU